AUGCCGAGGGGAGCUAUUCCAACGGGCCAGGACUGGGAGGAGCAGCGCUUCAACUUCCAGCAGCGUGGCGGCGGUGGCUCGACGCAGCCUCGAAAAGUGACGGAGCGCGAUGCUAACCGUGCAAUGCAAAGCGGUCAAAACGUGCAGGUCCAGCGGAAGGAACAUCAGCGUUUCAACCAGCAGGCCCUCAGCGCGGGCGCGAACGCGAAGAAGCUCGACGAGGACAACGAGACGCUGAAGGUGAAGAAGGUGGACCCGCACCUCCGCGUGCGUAUUAUGAAGGAGCGCCAGGCUCUGAACUGGUCACAGCAGGAUCUCGCCCAGCGCAUUUCUGAGCGUGUAUCUGUAGUGGCCGAGUACGAGAGCGGUAAGGCGGUGCAGGAAGAGCGAGUCAUUGUGAAGAUGGAGAAGGCGCUCGGCGUGCACUUGCGCGGCGCCAAGGCUGGCGAGCCGAUGGGCAAGACUCGUCCUACUCCAAAGCCUCAGGAAUAG